UUGCGAUCAGAAUUAGCGCGAAGCCGCAGCUGGAUCGUGCCGGGGCCGUGCGGGCGGUUGCGGCGGAACAGAAACGUUCCCCUCCCGGUCUGGGCUUUUGGGGUGUUUGAACGUUCCUCCUGCGCAGACACGCACCCGCGGACCCUUUAUUUCUGCUCUGAAAUCACCUCAACCCGCGUAUUUCAGUGGCAGGGAACGGAUUUGGGCUUUUCACAGCCCGUGGCCUUGUGCGUGUUUAAUGUCGUUUUACAGUUCAGGGUUGUUUUAUUGUUGUUUUUUGUUUUUCCUCCCCCCCCGCAGCGAUGGCAGCGAGUCCCGUGGUGACGUCCAGGCAGCGGGAGCAGGAGGUCCGGGGGGUCCGCACCGAGGUGGUGUGCACGGCCUUCUCCAACUCCGUCUUCGUGGUGGUCACGCAGUACGGCAAGAUGGGCACCCUCGUCUACGUGGACCCCGACACGGUCGGCGACAAGCCCCUCGUCCAUGUUUGUGCCAAACACCUGGUGGCGUUUGUCUCUCAGGAAGCUGGGAAUAAACCUGUUCUUCUCGCCAUGGCUCUAAAGGACAAGACCAUGGAAGGAAUACAAGCUCUACGGGAAGUGAUCCGGAGUUGCCAAGUGUGGUGAAGCUGUGCCAUCUGGAUUCAAGGAAAUGAUCUUGAGUCCGUGACUCAUCACCGCUGACUUAAAAGGACAAGAAAUGAAAAUGAUGGAAUGUCUUUGUGCUGGUUUUGGACUUACUGAGGAAUGUCAUGAAUUUUUCUCUACUGUGUAGAACAUUUGUGGGCUUUGUUACAGUGACAGGUUUGCGGUGCAUACAGUCAGUGAUGGAACGAGAACAAUCGUCUCAACGUACAAGAGAAGUGUUAUUUUUAUCCCAUUGGGUGGGAUGUAUAUUUGGGAAGUGGCACAGCUCUGCCUGUGUGUCCUGAGGAGUGAUGGAUGCCAAGCUUGUAGCUCCACUGCACCGCAAAGGGGGAACACCCAGUGCAGAGUGAAUAAAAGAAACAUUGACAAAUCUAA